GUGUACUGCCCAGCCAAGAUGGCUGACAGCAUCCCGUUAAACCCGGUGCGGAAGAACUCGAAAAAAAUCCCGUAUUAUAACUCAGCGAGACUUUCAAGAUACUCCCUAGAAGAUGAGCCCUCCAACCUGGAUGAAAUGCCUUUGAUGAUGUCAGAGGAAGGCUUUGAGAACGAUGAGAGCGACUACCAGACGCUGCCCAGGGCCCGGGUCAACCAGAGGCAGAGAGGCCUCGGCUGGUUCCUCCUGGGAGGGUGGAAGGUCCUCUGUGGCAGCUGCUGCGAUUGCCUGGCCCAUACGUGUCGGAGGAAGAAGGAGCUGAAGGCCAGGACGGUGUGGCUGGGCUGCCCCGAGAAAUGUGAAGAGAAGUACCCCAGGAACGCCAUUAAAAACCAGAAGUACAACAUCUUCACUUUUGUGCCUGGGGUUCUGUACCAGCAGUUCAAGUUCUUCCUGAACCUCUACUUUCUGGUGGUGGCCUGUUCCCAAUUUGUGCCAUCGCUGAAAAUCGGCUAUUUGUACACAUACUGGGCACCUCUGGGUUUUGUGUUAGCGGUCACAAUGGUGCGAGAGGCUGUUGACGAAGUGCGGCGCUACCAGCGGGAUAAGGAGAUGAACUCUCAACUUUACAGCAAGCUCACAGUGCGAGGUAAAAUUCAGGUGAAGAGCUCUGACAUACAAGUGGGAGACCUGAUCAUUGUUGAAAAGAACCAAAGGAUUCCAGCGGACAUGAUCUUCCUGAGAACAACAGAGAAAAAUGGUGCAUGUUUCAUCAGAACGGAUCAGCUGGACGGAGAAACAGACUGGAAGCUGAAAGUUGCCGUCAGCUGUACGCAGCGGCUGCCAGCUCUAGGGGAUCUCUUCUCCAUCAGCGCCUAUGUCUACGCCCAGAAGCCUCAGCUGGACAUCCACAGCUUCGAGGGAAACUUCACAAGGGAGGACACAGACCCUCAGAUCCACGAGAGCCUGAGUAUUGAGAACACACUCUGGGCCAGCACAGUCGUUGCAUCUGGCACAGUGAUAGGGGUGGUGAUCUACACAGGCAAAGAGACCAGAAGUGUACUGAACACGUCCUAUGCCAAGAACAAGGUCGGCCUUCUUGACCUGGAGCUGAACCGCCUCACCAAAGCGCUGUUCCUGGCCCAGGUGGUUCUGUCUAUUGUCAUGGUAGCGCUGCAAGGGUUUGUGGGUCCUUGGUUCCGCAACCUGUUCCGAUUCGUCGUGCUGUUCUCGUACAUCAUCCCCAUCAGCCUCCGUGUUAACCUCGACAUGGGGAAAUCUGCUUAUGGCUGGAUGAUCAUGAAAGAUGAAAACAUCCCUGGCACUGUUGUUCGAACCAGCACCAUCCCAGAAGAGCUGGGACGGCUGGUCUAUCUACUGACAGACAAAACGGGCACUCUGACGCAAAACGAAAUGAUCUUCAAGCGGCUGCACCUAGGGACGGUGUCCUAUGGGACUGAUACCAUGGACGAGAUACAGAGCCACAUAGUCCAGUCAUACGCACAGCCGUCCUCCCAACCAUCCAAUGGCAGCAGCAGCGGCGCCACACCGUCCCGGAAGUCGCAAGCAGCAGCUCCGAAGGUCCGCAAGAGCGUCAGCAGUCGCAUCCAUGAAGCAGUGAAGGCCAUUGCCUUGUGCCACAACGUCACGCCUGUCUACGAGUCUCGUGCUGGCGUAAAUGGAGAGACAGAGUCAGCUGAAGCCGACCAGGACUUCAGCGAUGACAACCGCACCUACCAGGCCUCCAGCCCUGAUGAGGUGGCGUUGGUGCGGUGGACGGAGAGCGUCGGCCUGACCCUGGUGAACAGAGACCUGACCUCGCUGCAGCUGAAGACUCCCUCCGGACAAAUCCUCACCUUCUACAUCCUGCAGAUCUUCCCCUUCACCUCUGAGAGCAAAAGGAUGGGCAUCAUCGUCAGGGAGGAGUCUACAGGAGACAUCACUUUUUAUAUGAAGGGUGCUGACGUUGCCAUGGCGAGCAUUGUCCAGUACAAUGACUGGUUGGAAGAGGAGUGUGGGAACAUGGCCAGGGAGGGCCUGAGGACCCUGGUGGUGGCCAAGAAGUCUCUGUCUGAGGAGCAGUAUCAGGACUUUGAGAAUCGCUACAACCAGGCCAAGCUGAGUAUCCAUGACCGAGCCCUGAAGGUCGCAGCAGUGGUGGAGAGCUUGGAGAGGGAGAUGGAGUUGCUUUGUCUGACUGGGGUCGAGGACCAGCUACAGGCCGACGUGCGGCCCACGCUGGAGCUGCUCAGGAACGCUGGCAUCAAGAUCUGGAUGUUGACGGGGGACAAGCUUGAAACAGCCACGUGCAUUGCCAAAAGCUCCCAUUUGGUCUCCAGAAACCAAGACAUCCAUGUCUUCAGGCCGGUCUCAAACAGAGGAGAGGCCCAUCUGGAGCUCAACGCCUUCAGAAGGAAACACGACUGUGCUCUGGUCAUCUCUGGAGACUCCUUAGAGGUGUGUUUGCGGUACUAUGAGCAUGAGUUUGUGGAGCUGGCGUGUCAGUGUCCGGCCGUGGUCUGCUGCCGCUGCUCGCCGACUCAGAAGGCUCAGAUUGUCCGACUCCUGCAGCAGCACACCGCCAACAGAACCUGUGCCAUCGGUGAUGGAGGAAAUGAUGUCAGCAUGAUCCAGGCUGCUGACUGCGGGAUUGGAAUCGAAGGAAAGGAGGGGAAGCAGGCGUCCCUGGCUGCGGACUUCUCCAUCACUCAGUUUAAGCACAUCGGGCGCCUGCUGAUGGUUCAUGGCAGGAACAGCUACAAGCGCUCUGCAGCGCUGGGCCAGUUCGUCAUGCACAGAGGCAUGAUCAUCUCCACCAUGCAGGCUGUCUUCUCCUCAAUUUUCUACUUUGCCUCAGUGCCCCUGUACCAGGGUUUCCUCAUGGUUGGGUAUGCCACCAUCUACACCAUGUUCCCCGUGUUCUCCUUGGUUCUGGACCAGGAUGUGAAGCCAGAGAUGGCUUUGCUCUACCCAGAGCUUUAUAAAGACCUGACCAAGGGGCGAUCAUUAUCUUUCAAGACUUUCCUUAUUUGGGUGUUGGUCAGUGUAUAUCAAGGUGGUAUCCUCAUGUAUGGCGCGCUGGUGCUGUUUGAGUCGGAGUUUGUGCACGUGGUUGCCAUCUCCUUCACGGCGCUCAUCCUCACCGAGCUGCUGAUGGUGGCGCUGACGAUCCGCACCUGGCACUGGCUCAUGGUGGUGGCCGAGUUCUUCAGUCUGGGCUGCUACGUGGCCUCGCUCGCCUUCCUCAACGAAUACUUUGACUUGUCCUUCAUCACAACGCGGGCCUUCCUCUGGAAGGUGUGUGCCAUCACGCUGGUCAGCUGUCUUCCUCUCUACAUCAUCAAGUACCUGAAGCGCAAAUUUUCACCACCCAGCUACUCCAAGCUGUCUUCAUAAGCCAAACCAGACACCCUGAAUUCCUUCUGUUUGUUUUGUUGUCUUUGUGCUUCACUGAAAUGUCUUUUUUGGCACUUUUUUUUUUAAAUUCACUGAUCUUCAGUGAUGGAUAGGUGACCUGUAGAGGUCAAGGGACCACUGGAAAUAUUGGAAGUAAAAUGAGGAAAAAAAAAAAAAAAAGAAAAGAAGUUCUUUGGAUUUAUGUCACAGGGACUUGGGAUUACUUGAAAAGACUGAGCACAUAACAAAGACUUUAAAAGAAAGAAAUUUUUUGUUCAGCACAAGAAACAGAGCAGAACGACUUCCUGCAGUGGGAAGGCCUGAAAGAGACUGACCCCCUGGUGGCGGGACGGUCCCGGGUCAAUCUGCCGCCUUCUGUUUUAAAGCAUUUCAAACAAAUCAGCUUCAAGCGUCAUUUUAUACAAUUCAGAUAGAUUACUUUUGGUGUUUAACUUUUUGUAUGUGAGGUUAAGAAUUUUUUAAGCGUUAUUUUUUUUAUUAUUAUUGUAAUUAUUAUUAUUAUUAUUAUUAUUAUAAAUUACAAACUGCAGGCCUGCAUCUUUCUACAGUGUUGAGUUGCUACAAGGGAUGAUAUUGUGAUUUAUGUUGUUCCAUCUGACUGUAAAUAAAGCCUUUACAUACACAGAGCUUUUACAAGUACUACUAAUGUAAACCUCACUGCGUUUAACUACUUUCCUUGUACAAAUGUGCAUUAACCAAAUAUAAGAAUAUUUACAAUUUCAGAAACUGAAAACGAUUUGUCCUGGGAACAGCCUCCUGUAGGCCUGGCUCCAGACUUUCUUUCUGUGCAUUUGCUACUGUAUGUCCUUGACGUUUUUAAGACAAGAGAAUGACAUCAGUAAUUCCUGAUAGUAUGAAACCAGCACUCCAUAGUUAACGUCGAUAAACUGUCAUAUCGUUGAAAUAUUUGGCCUUGAUUAUAUCGCGUAAUUUUACAUUUGAGAUGUCUGUUGGCGGCUGCCGGAUGUGGCCGCUCGCAUUGUGCCUCAUCAUUAUUACUGUUAUUAUUAUCAUCUGUGUUAAUGUACUGAAGCCGCCUUCCACAGCACUGGAUGUGAAACAAUCAGUCUGAGGUUUUGGUUCUUGUUUUUCUUACCUGCACAGACACAUCGGAGCUUCCAGGAGCGCGACUCCUGCUGUAACCGCUCCUCUCACAAAACCUUUUGUGAUGACAAUGCUUCUCCGAGCGUCACAGCGGAGGACCCUGACAUGCUGACAGCUGUUUGUGUUUUUUUUAGGCCUUUACUGACAGUUUCCAAUUGUACGACCCUCCCCGGGCUUCUGUGAGACUUUCAUCCGUAGUUGAUGUUGUUUUCCUGCUUCUGUCAUGGAGGGAUGAGUUUUAUCAUUCACUCUGCGGAUGACUUGAGUUGUCAGCUCGAGCGUGUGUUUGAGCUCGAUGCAGAGAGUUGUUCUGCUGAACAUGAACGAGGAGACGUGUUCAGCUGAAUUCCUGUGUGCACAGUGUAGAAACGGGGGUGUCGUGCUGUAUGGCCAUGUUGUUUGUUUGUUUGGUUGUCUUGUCUUGUGUUGUUUUUUCUUCUAAAUUUGAUUGAGUUUAACUCAGGUUCCUAAGUACGACUGUAUUAUUUUGUUUAAAUUGUGGCAACCCUUCUUUAAAAUGUAGCUACACUACGAAAAAGAAAGACAGUGGAUGUGGUUAUUUGAGAAAGAGUUUUUAAAAACAAAACAAAAAAAAAACGUCUGGCUGAGUCACUUUAACACAAGUGGAUUCAUGGGUUUGAAGAUGUGAUUGACCUGCUCAAGACGAGAGAGUCCAAAUAUUGAUUCCUGUGUCCUCUGUUGAGACUUGUGUCCUGUGAGUGUGUGUGAGUGUGUGUGUGCGUGUGUGUGUGUGGUGCUGUACGACCUUUCCUUUGUUGUGAACUUGCUUUCCAUGUCCCAACACUGCAAUUUCUAACAGUAUGUCCAUUAUUUAUAGUAUUGUUAUUGAUUAACGAGCAAUAAAAUGAACGAACAAAUG